UUAUCCACUCCUUUACAUUGUCAUUUGAGUGGUUUAUCCACUCCUUUUCGUUGGCAUUUCUAUUGUAUGUCAUCUCCUUUUCAUUGCCAUUUGAGUGGUUUACCCACUCCUUUACAUUGUCAUUUCAGUGGUUUAUCCACUCCUUUACAUUGCCAUUUCAGUGGUUUAUCCACUCCUUUACAUUGCCAUUUCAGUGGUUUAUCCACUCCUUUACAUUGUCAUUUCAGUGGUUUAUCCACUCCUUUACAUUGUCAU